UCUUGCUGUUUAGACGAGUACUUAUUUCUGUAGUUAUCAAGCGGUACAUGGGUAUUUAUUAUUUGUACACAAAAUGGUAGUAGCAAAAAAAUUUUUACUAGCUAAACAUUUUCAAGGGGAACCUAAAGAAAAUGAUUUUCAAAUGGUCGAAGAAACUUUACCAUCUAUUAAGGAUGGAGAAUACUUAGUUGAAGCUGUUUUUUUAAGUGUUGAUCCUUAUAUGAGAGCAUAUGCUCAUAAUAUACCUGAGGGAUCUCUGAUGGUAGGCGGACAAAUAGGCAAAAUUUUAGAGAGUAAAAAUAGCAAAUUUCCUGUUGGUAAGUACGUGUUUGGGGAUUUUGGUUGGUGCAGCUACACAAUAAACGAUGGUAAUGCACCAGAUAGAAAAGGACCAAGAAUUUCUCCACCAUUUGUAUUACCAGAUUUCGGUAAUGUACCGUUAAGUGUAGGAUUAGGAGCUCUAGGAAUGCCUGGGCUCACUGCUUAUUUUGGUUUUUUGGAUAUUUGUAAACCGAAACCGGGAGAAACGGUCUGUGUGAGUGGUGCCGCAGGAGCAGUGGGUAGCCUUGUGGGACAAAUUGCAAAAAUAAAAGAGUGUAAAGUUAUUGGAAUAGCAGGAUCCGAUGAAAAGGGGUCAUAUUUAACCGAUGUUCUUGGAUUCGAUAAAUUUGUUAAUUACAAAAAAGAUAAUAUUGAUAAAAAAUUGACGGAAAUAGCAAAAGAUGGUAUUGAUUGUUAUUUCGAUAAUGUUGCUGGAGAAAUAAGUACAACGGUAAUGAAACAUAUGAAUAUUAAGGGUAGAGUAUCCGUAUGUGGAUCCAUUUCUAGUUACAAUUUUGAUUAUGUUCAUGAUCCACCUAAAGUCACUGUCCCAUUUCCGUAUAUCUUAAACAAAAACUUACACUUGCAAGGAUUCCAGAGUUCUCUAUAUAUUCAUCGUUUCAAUGAAUGUUUUACACAAAUGUUACAAUGGAUUAAUCAGAAAAAGAUCAGACAUCCGGAAACAAUAACCACAGGCUUUGAAAAUAUGCCAAAGGCCUUUAUUGAAAUGUUGCAGGGUAAAAAUUUAGGAAAGGCCAUUGUAAAAGUGUAAAUACAUGUACUAUAGUUUCGUUAAAUAAAUUAAACGUGUAAUACUUUCAAUAAUAAUCAUUGAAAGGCCACUUAGGUCUGCUGAACGUAAUUCAGGUAAUUGUGUUUUUGUACUCGUAUAUAGUAUAUUGCUGUUUAGAA